CAUCGUAAGCUGUCUACGUUGCGUUUGUGUGUUUUGGUGUCGUGAUUAGUGAUAUUGUGAGGUGAAUUGAGUGAUUUGAGUGAUUUGUGGUGUUUUGUGAAGGAGUGAAAGUGUAAAAAUGAGUGCAAAAGUGAUAAACAUUGUUCAGGAGUGGAAGAAGUUUGGCCUUUCUGGUCUUCAGAGCGAGCUCGAUGAGGUGGCCGCCGAGAUAGCUGCUCGCCAGGAUCAGAGCGAGGACUCGCGACGCGCUCUCGUGGAACUCACCAGGGACUUCCGAAAGAAUACGCCCGAGGAUGUUCGCAAAAUGAUUGCCCCGCUGCUCAAGAGUUUUCAGUCUGAAGUUGACAGUCUUUCGAACAGAAGCAAAGGCGCAGAAUCGGCCUUUCUCAAAGUGUACAAGAAACUGAUUGACAUGCCCGAUGUUACCGCGGCUUUGGAAUACAGCCAGACGGCUCAGCAUAAGCUGUCGAAGCUGGCUGAUCUACAGAUCGAGAACAACCAGCUCAGAGACACACUCAAAGACUACAAUGAAGAGCUGAAGGAUGUCAAAAGCCAAGGAGUCACCAUCAAACAAUUGGAAGAAAAAAUCCGCCAGUUUGAAACCAAUCAAGAAAGCAUUAUUGAGGAGCGCACCAAGGAGAUGGAGCGCGACCUGCUGCGUGAGUUCCAGGAGCGAGAGCAGACGUACCACGACGAGCAGCUGCUGUCGACCAGGCGGUUGGCUGAGGCCGAGCACCGCGUGGCCCAGCUGACCAGCGAUCUCGAACUGAGCCAAAGUGAGCUGUUCGAGGUCAAGGCCAAAUAUGAGGAGAACACCCACGCCAGGUCUGACGAACUGGACAUGGUGUUGGAGGACCUGGAGCGUGCGAAUCACAGAGCUGCCCUGGCCGAACGCGAGGUGGACAGUCUGAAAGAGCAACUGGCGGCCACUGUCAAACGGGCACAGCUCGCCGACGAGGCUGACGGCGGCUCCGAUUCGCAACGACGCUCCGCCACCGAACGACAGCUCGCUUCCAAAGACAAUGAGAUCUGUCAGCUGGUUGAGGACGUGCAAAGGCUGCAAAGUCAACUAUCCGAGCUCGAAAAUCAGUCCGUAUGCCAAAGAGCCAAACUCGAGGAGGAGCUGUCGCAAAAGAGCAGCAUCAUUCAAAGGCUCGAGGCGAUUAUUGAGCAGCAAAAGGACUAUGAAGAGCUCAAAAAGGAAUUCUCGAUCCUGAAAUCGAUCGAGUUUCCUGGCACGUCCCAGCCGUCGGCCGGCGGCGCCGAUGACAGAUCUCAGUCGGAAGCCCGACCGCUCCAGGUGCUCAUGCUGGAGAAGAGCAAGGCCAUGCAGAACGAGAACACAGCGCUCAAAGUGAAGACCUCCGAGCUGCAGGGCGAGGAGAGCUGGCGCGGCCCCUCGGACGCCGAGGAGGCGGCCAGUCCGGACGGCAAGUCGAGUCCGGCGGCCACCGAGCCGCUGCCGAGCCCGCGGCCCAGCCCCAGUCCGGCCGAGCACGCCGCCACAGUGGCUGCCGCCGCCGCCGCCGCCUACCGCUUCGACGAGACGGACCGCGCCGACCGGCUCAUCCCCAAGGGCGACCCGAUGGAGACCCGGCUCCAGGAGAUGCUCCGCUACAACAUGGACAAGUUCUCCAACCAGAGUCUGGACACGCUGCAGCUGGCGCGGCGUGUGCGCGAACUGCUCAGCGUCAACAACAUCGGGCAGAGGAUGUUCGCGCGCUACAUCCUCGGCCUGUCGCAGGGCACUGUCAGCGAGCUCCUCAGCAAACCCAAGCCCUGGGAGAAACUCACAGAGAAGGGCCGCGACAGCUACCGAAAGAUGCACGCCUGGGCGGUCGACGAUGCUGCCGUCUACCUGCUGAAGGCCGUCAUACCAAAGAAAGGUGAGCUGCUGUUGUGGUGUGGGGUUGUGGGAGUGUACGCAUUACACAGUGUCCGCCGACGCACAUGUGCAUGAACACUGAUCAGGGC